GACUUUCGCAAUUCUUCCCCAACAACUUGAAAUUCUGAAAGUUCUUGAAGAUCCGAGUAUGGCAGUUGUGGCAGAAGAUGGCAUCGCAGAUGAACAAACAGUUUGGAUAGCGAAUGAUGGGGAUGAAUCAGCAACAUGGCAUGCAAGAGUCCUGCCUGAGAGCAAUGAGUGGUUGAAAUUGCGUAUGACCACUGGCUCUAUAGGUCCGAGAAACUUGGAUGGAGAUGCUCCAAUGAGUUCCCAGUCGGCCCUCAGUUUCUGGGUGAAUUUUGCUGGGAAAUCUUCUGGCUGGACUGCCACUGCAGAUAUUUUGGUGUUGAUUGGCAGCAAAAGUGAAAUCAGCUUGAAGGUGGUUGCAGAAGUUCGCUCCCCCCCUGCCGUAUCCAUCGCCAUCAACCUCCCAUGCCCGAACUGCUACAUGACACCGCCGUUCAGCCUCUCUAGUGGCUAUCCGAAUCCCUCCUAUGAGGUGCAUGUUCCAUACAGCGCUACAAAUGUUUCUCUUCAUUUGCAGCCCCUCUCCAGAGAACAGGUAUGGGUAGAUGGAACGUUCUCUGUGAACGAUACCAUCGUACAGCAGCUGCCAGCCACUGGCGCGACGAAUGUCUCGGUCCAAGUUGUAGAUCGAACGGCCUCAGCAAACUAUUCCCUGGAAUUUCGCAGGGAAGAGCCUCAACCAGCUGCUGCCCUUCAUUUGCACCGAGCAGUUGCGAAGGAUCGUUCAAUUGAGGUGACCUUUGCUCUGCCUGCCGAAUUGCCAUUCGAUUUCGAAGGUAUCGCUGCAUUUGCGAGCUCUACCGACGGCCUCCUUAGAGUAGAUUUUGCUCCAAGACCUUGUGAACCAGCAAGCUGCUGGGAUUGGAGUGUACUCAAUGCCGUGGCUGGAUCUUGCUGCUUGAUGCGCUUAGUGAACUUGACCAAUGGCAUGGAUUGGACCUUCCAGGUGCACAUGGUGGCUGCAGGGGUUCCGGGCCUGCCAUCUCUGCCAAGUGUGGGGCAUUCAGGUGGCUGGCCACCUCUGAGCGUUAGUGCCAUUGCCAUGUCACCCAGCUUUCUGUCAGCUCCGAGCGUUGUGAUACAUCAUGGCUUCGUGGAACUUCUAGUGGUGGAGAGUCAGGUGAAUGCUGGAGGAAGCCUUCCGCUUGGCCUUCUCCGCUGUGAAAGCAGCCCCGGAGGACUGCAGAGCAGCGACAACGACUCUUCGUAUGUUUCAAGUAGAGGAGAGUGGCGUACGCAAGUACGAGACCUGGACAUAAAUCUUCAAUACAGCUUCACCUGUUCCAUUUGCAAUUCUGCAGAAGAUCCACCAGGUGUAGGCUCUUUUUCUUCCCGCUCCUUGCACAGCGCCCUUGUGCGACCUGUUGUUGAAGCACCUCAAUCGCCCGACAUCAUGUUUCUGGAAUGGAGCUUUGACGCUCCAGCACCCACUGUCAGAAUCAAAGUGCAAACGCCCUAUCCAGAAGAAGUUUGGUGUUUUGCAACGCAUGGCAAUGACAUCCAGAUGGAAGGCUACGCUGUGGUUCCCCCAGGAGAGAAGUCUCACCAUUUGGACCUCCUUGUCGUCUUACAGAGCAAGGAUAUUUCCUACCUGGGGUCGGCGAUGAAUGUCACCGUCAGCUGCAAGUCCCAAAUUUGUGAUGUGGGCCUUGGUGAUUCUGGAUGCCUCUGGGGGCCUGCGCAAGUAGCCGAAUACCGCCGACCCAGUCCACCACUGAUAAGCGUAAGUGCAGGCGACAACUCCCUGUGGGUUACAGCCCAAUCCGAUGAAGUGGGACAGCUCCAGCUGUCAUGUGAUGCAAGUGGGGGAAGUUCAGCAGCUGCUAGCCACGCUAGCCAGAUCAUGAAGAUCAUGAAUAAGACUGAGCAAUCUGCCUUCAGCACAUUGCAAUUCGCGAAUUUGGGUGAGGGUGUCUACCUCAUCUCCUGCAAUGUGCGAAAGAUCGGUGAAGCAUUUUCACUGGAGAGUUCAACUGCAUAUCGUGUAGAUUCCCUGGGGCCUUCGGGCCAAUUUGAAUCCAGUCCUCGACGUCCUCGAGUUCUGGCCGUAUCGCCGGUGGGUGAAGGAGCUCUCCAAAUUGAUUUGGCCCACACUGGGCUCAACGCCUCACAGGAUGUGGUGCACAUUUGCCAAGACCUGAGUGACAACUUCUCAGCAAUCUCAGCCACUUCUCAAGUCGUUGUGCGUGGACUAGUACCAGGCCGGGGCUACAGCUUCACCUGCGUUUCCUACUUGGAUGGCUUCUCUGAGAUUUCAGAGGCUUCAAUGUCGACUCUGGCGGCGAGAAAGCCUGAUGCUCCUUCCAUUGUGGCGAUUGCCCCAGGAGAUUCCGAACUUGCAAUUUUCUUGUCAUUACCGACCUCAAUCUCGUCCAGGGGAUUCGCUCCACUUACAGGACUUUUUUGUAGCACAUCUGACUUUGACAGCAGUCUUGAUCUGGCUGGCGUGGAUAAUGACACCGCGUUGAUGAUUCGUUUGCCAGGCGUCAAUGGCAUCCCCCUGGAAUUUCACUGUUUCGUCCAGUCUUCCGCGGGGAGAAGCACUUCAGUGCUUGAUGUUGCCACGCCUGGUCUGCCAAUCGUCGCGAGCUAUCGCUUCAUGAGUACUGUUUUCUCCGAACAGCAGCUGAGACAUCACUUUGCAGAUGCGCUGGGGGUGCCGGUUGAUUUGUUGACCUUGCAUCAGGGGCACCAGCGGCAAGGCAACUCACAACGUUUGAGCAAAAACAUGGAUUGGACCAUGCAGGUGGUGGUACCAAGUGAUGGUGAUCCCAUGGUGCACGCGCUGGCACGAAAGAUGCGCUCUCUGCCAGUUCUAUCCAAGUUGUCUACAAGACUGCAGACAACAGUGGAAGCCGUGGGAGUACGUGUGUGGUCAUCCAACGACAUAGAUUCAUCCCUCAAAGAGCUGAUGAUUUUCGAGAUUCCUCAGCAAAGACGCUUUAUACAAUUGCCAUCUCCGCUGAAGAGCGGUCAAGUACAUUAUGCCCAGGUAGCAUCAAAGCACUUCUGUAUUCUGGCCAUUCCAACAAGCCCUUUCGCAAGCGUGAAGCUGAACGGGAGCAACAAGUCACACAUUUUUGAGAUCAGACAAGCAUUGCCCUUUGCUGAGAACGUGUCAGUGGAUGUUGUUGCAGCGGAUGGGCUCAUCCGAAGCUACCUGUUGGUAGUGGGAGCUGCUCCUUUGGCAUGUAAAGGAAGCUGCGGCAAUGGCACCUGCGACGAAGUUGUGGGACAGUGUGUCUGCAAUUCCGGUUGGGCAGGCUCAAACUGCGAUGAGCAUUGUCCAGGGUUUCCGCCCUGUGGCGGGGAAGAGAGGGGUCAAUGCGUCGAAUUUGCGCAAGACGGAGCUGUUGCUAUCGUGGCAAGGAGACACUGUGUCUGCGAUGAUGGAUUUGGUGGAGAUGAUUGUGGUCAGUCCCACUGCCCGAAAUGCCUGAAUGGCGGUACUUGUGUUGAGGCAGCAGACCUUGCAGAUGCCUCAAGCCGCCCAACCUGCCAAUGCCCAUCAAAUUCCAGUGGUAUCUUCUGUGAGAGCUUGCUUUGCCCCGGAAACUGCAGUGGAGCUGGAAGCUGCGAUAGCACCAGCGGACGCUGCUCAUGCUGGCUUGGAGCCACCACCGACAGCUGCAAUGUGACAGAGGCCCCUCCGGAGCCUUUGACGAAUUCUGUGGAUGUUCUGCUCGUUUGGGGAAUCAAAGGUCCCAGAGCUGAUAACAAGUCGCUCCCGGAAUUUGAUGCCAACUUUGACUUCUUCCAGCCUCAGGUCCAGUCCUGGAUUUUGGAUGUGUGUCACAUGGCCAAAAACAAGACUGACAAUCUUCUGGUCAGAACAGAUGUGCCAUGCUGGAUUGAGUCUUGGAGAGACUACAUUGAGGCCGUCGGUGGAAGUUUUCCCAUCGCCCAAAGGAAUUUGGCUUCGCAAGCGCUGCAAGCUUUUUUUCAUCAAGAUGCCGCAGAUCAUUUCCAAGAAGAUCUUGGCAUGACGGAAGACAAUUUUGCAGGACAACCAACAUUUGUGGUGCUUCGAUUCUUUUUGAACUUGCCCAAAAAUGAUGGCGUGUCCAGGUUGCAACUGGUCCGGAAUUGCUGGGAUGACUAUGUGAUGGACAUAAAUCGAAGAGCCCCAACUGCUGCUGGUGAAGCCCUUAUGGUAUCCCAUGCUUGGACGAAAACAGAGAUGGAACAGACAAUUCUGUCAAACACUGGAAUGUCUUUUUUCUUAUCCAUCGGCAUCGCAGUAGCUUCGGUGCUUGCUUUCAGCCGCAAUCUGGUGAUCGGGUUCUAUGUUCUCUUGACCAUAGUGCUUGAAGUUUGUCCACUCUUUGGCUUUCUUUUCGGAGUGAUGGGCUACGAGUUUGGGGCUAUUGAAGCCGUUGGCGCAGUCAUCUUUGUGGGCAUGAGUGUGGACUACUGUCUGCACAUGGCUCACGGUUAUCAUGCAGCUCCUCGAGAGACUCGCAGAGACAAAAUGCAAAUGACGAUGGUUAACCUUGGUCCGUCCAUCUUGGGUGGUGCCUUCACAACAGCUGCUGCAACGGUCUUUCUUCUACCUUGUUGUAUUGUCCUCUUCGUCAAACUCGGAACUAUGCUUGUUGCGAACACCAUUCUGUCCUUGCUAUACACUUACUUCUUUCUGGCGCCACUGCUCAUUGUAGCGGGUCCAUUGGAAGAUGUUGGAUCCUUUUCUUGGUUCGGAAGGAAGGUGUUCUCCUGGUUGUGCUCAAGCCGACGCAGAGAUGAGUACUUGAGGCAGGAAGAGGGUGCUGCAGCACAGCUGGGCCUGGCAACUUUCCAGGAUACCGGAAGUCUGCAACUACCUGGCAGGGGGAGAGAAACCAGAAGCAUUCUCCGCAAGUCAAGCAUUCGUGCUAGAAGGACGCAGGUUCGCUUCGAUCCUGCUGAUGAUGUGAAAAGCAUUGCCGUGGCCGGCCCAUCUGAAAUUCCGUUUCUCAGAAGAUCGAAGGCAGAAACUGUGCGGAUUUCGAGUAAAAGGAGCAGUAGGAGCAGCAGAAGUAGCAGGAGCAGCGCAGCGGCAAGAAUAAGCCUGGCUUCGCGAAAAAGCCGAACAAGUUUUAUCAAGCAAAAAACAGGCCGGAACCCACAACAAAGCUGACAGCUCCAAGCUGUGGAUUCCUCGAAGUACUUCGGAUGCCCUUACUCUCCGUAGGAUCUCAGCAGAAGUCCAAGAGCAAUGGUUGCGCGAAAUCCCAAUUGCCACAUUUUUUUUGGAACAGAAGGUACUU